AUGUCGCGUGAUAUAUACAUCCACCUCAGAUCUGUCCUAGCACAAAAUGAUGCAUUCUCCACCGUAGCAUCCGAAAUAGUCGAGCGCGCUGAUUCAUCAUCCUCUUCAAAUUCAGCAUACACCACUCGCCUCUCAAUCGGUAUAGGAGUCGGCAUCGGAUUCCUCGUCUUCUCAGCUUUUUGGGCCCUAGCAUUCGUGGUCUGGACUAGGAGGAAUGAGUUGAAGAAGGCCCAGAAAGAACGCGGGUUUAUUGAUGGACCAGAUGAUCGAAGGCCGCCGGUUCCGGAGAAGGAUGUCAGGAGCGCGUCGAGAACUAUGACGAUCAGGAGUGACUCUGAUGUUGUUGUUGAUCAAUAUGGACGGCGCUGGCGGAGGGAAGGUGGGGGCGAGGCCGUCGACAUCCCCUGA